AUGGCGGCUGAAACCCCGGUGAGCCUCUCACAACCCUGUGUUCCCGUCUUCAAAGGAGAAGACUACGGACGGUGGCGCUUGAGAAUGAAGACAGUGUUCCGGUCUCAAGAGCUAUGGGAGCUCGUUGAGAAGGGCGUGCCAGAAGGAGAAGAGGAAGCAAAGGCAAGGGAGACCAAGAAGAAGGACGCGAAGGCCCUAUGUCUCAUCCAACAGGCGAUCGACGGACCUAUAUUAGACCGGAUUGAAGAGGCAGAGACAGCACAUGACGCAUGGGAGAUUGUGAAGAAUGUAUACCAAGGUACUUCGAAGAUGAUGACCGUGAAGGCUCUCGGACAUAAGCUCACUGAGGCUGAGGUGGUAUCCAAAGUGCUGCGCAGCCUGGCGCCCAAAUUUGAUUUCGUGGCGGUUGCGAUGGAGGAGUCUAGAGACAUGUCAACGCUUACCCUCGAUGAACUCGGUGGUUCUCUUCAAGCUCAUGAAGUCAGGGUGAAUAGAUCAUUGACUAAGAAAGUAGAGAAGGCACUGGUUGUGAAGACAGAGAGCUCAGCUUCAAAUGUUAAAGAGAAAGGAAACCCCAGUGCUAUCACAGGAUGGAGCCCCACUCGAGGAAGGGGAAGGGGUUUCAUCAGAGGAAGAGGAAGAGGCAGGAGUUCGCGAGGAUGGAGUGGAGAUAAUAAGAGCAACAUAUAA